AUGGUGGAGGCAGAAAAAAGACCAAAUGUGUCCUUAGAGACUCCCGAGGCAAAGAGAGCUCAUGCCGAUAAAGGAUUUGCUCCUAUCAAGCCAGAAUACAUCGUGGAAAACGAGAGAGCAGAAGAAAACUACAAUGAUGAGGAAGCAGAGGGCGGAGAUAGAAGCUCCAACGACCAGGGAUCUAAGAGAAGCAAGAAAAACAGAGGCCAGAACAAGAAAAGAGAUUUAAAGCAGCUGCGUGAAGAAACCAGAUUGUGUUCCAGCUUGCUCGAUCCAGAUGGAGGCAGAGAAUGUCCUGUCGGCGUUGACCGGUGCAAGAAUACCCACGAUGUGGAGUUCUAUCUUUCCACCAAGCCCACAGAUAUCGAUGGCCAGUGCCCGGUGUUUGCCACUAUCGGCUAUUGUCCUGCGGGAUUGAAGUGCAGAUGGCUUAGCAGCCACUACAAUAAGGAAACCAAGAAGCUCUUGAAGGAUUUGGAGAGAAUGGAGACUGCGAAGACCAGUAACUACGAGGUCAACAAGAUUGAAAACGACCACAGAAUCCAGUUACAGAAAAACAAAUACGACUUCAACAAGGCUGAUGCUUACAGUAAGUACUUGGACAAGUUUGUACAGAAUGAUCAGAACAUCGCUCAAAGACAGGAGGACGUCAAGAACAAUGUCUCUACGUACGUGGAGCCUCCUUUCACUCCAGCUGAAAAGAAAAGAAUCAAUUUGCACAGAGCAAAGAUCGUGUCGCCUUUGACCACUGUGGGAAACUUGCCUUACCGUCGACUCAUGAAGACAUUAGGUGCUGACGUUACUUACAGUGAAAUGGCACUUGCGCUUCCUUUACUUCAGGGCCACAAGCCUGAAUGGGCAUUGCCAAAGGCACAUGCCUCAGAAUAUCCAGGCUUUGGUGUUCAGAUUGCUUCCAACCACCAUCAUCAGGCUAGUAAGGCAGCUGAAGCCAUUGCUCGCGAGACCACCAACGUUUCCGAGCUCAACUUGAAUUGUGGCUGUCCAAUCGACUUGCUCUACCGUCAGGGCCAGGGUUCAGCCCUCUUGGAUCAGCCUUCGAAGUUGGUAAGAAUCUUGAAAGGUAUGAAUGCUGCCUCGGAUGACAUCCCUGUCACCUUCAAGAUCAGAACAGGAACCAAGGACUACAAAAACACUGCCGCCACAUUGGUCAGCCGUGUCUUGUCUGAAACUAGUGUGGCAGCCGUCACCUUGCAUGGACGUUCCAGACAACAGAGAUACACCAGAGAAGCAGACUGGAAGUACAUUGCAGAGGUCGGAAAGACUGUUCAAGAAUGGAACCAUAAGAACGAAGAAAACAAGGACACCCAGGAAACCAGACCCACCUGGUUCGUUGGUAACGGUGAUUGUUUCACUUAUGAGCAGUGGCAUGAGGCUGUCAACACCGACGGCAUUGACUCGGUCAUGGUGGCUAGAGGUGCAUUGAUCAAGCCAUGGAUUUUUGAGGAAAUCGAAGCUGAGCAGUACUUGGACAAGUCUGCAACUGAAAGACUCGAGUACUUACGUCUGUUUGCCAACUUUGCAAUUGAGCACUGGGGCUCAGAUGAGUACGGUGUAGAGGUUGCCAGAAGAUAUUUGUGUGAGUUUAUGAGUUUUACCCACAGAUACAUUCCAGUGGGUAUUCUCGAAAGGUUGCCUCCUAAGUUGAAUCAAAGACCUCCAAAGUGGAAGGGAAGAAACGAGUUGGAGACACUCUUGGGUUCUACUGACUACAAGGAUUGGAUUAAAAUCACAGAGAUGUUCCUCGGCAAAGCGUCGGAGAACUUCCUGUUCAUUCCUAAGCACAAAAGCAACGCUUACGAGAAGAAGUAG